AGCUGACUAGAGGCAGCUAUGAGAGCUCUUACGAGUCGUGAGUCGCCAGCAGAGUGGUAAGCAACUCGGCGCAGUUUCGGCCAACAAAAGUUAUUUUGUCUCGUACCGAGACUCUUCCCGAGUUAACGACCAAGAAAACUCAUCACAGGAUUUCGGGAUUUGAUUCCAUUCCAUCCGAAACUGGGAAGGAGACGCCAGUUGCCCGCAGAACGAGUAAGAGAGAGCGCUGGUCCUCCACCUUGGCCGACCUUCACACAUCGUUUGGAACUCCCAAGGCCAGCAACCAGAAAAGCCGGCUUUUCUAGAGGGAAAAAGAGGACAAGAAACUACAGACUAUUCUACCCAGCCAACCUGCACCGUGAAGCGCAGAGAAUUUCCUUGUUUGGUUGGGGAAAAAAUUGAAAAAAAAAAAAAGAAACACACGUUGGCCUAAAUUCGUGACUAGCAGAAAAGCUUCAUUGUCAACGAAUCCAGACGAGCCAUGCAAGAUGAAGCGCAUCCAGCAGCAGCGACAUCGCCCGCAACCGGCGCUACGUCGGGCAGCAGUCUCGUCAAGAAUGGCGUCGGACUGAACCUCGGCGUCAACAUCUGCUCGUCAGCCGACCACUCGGUCGGCCUCUCCCUGCCCAUCUCGCCCCUUUCGGUCAAAGCUGGAGGCUCGGACUCUUCGUCCUCGUCGUCUUCCUCGUCCUCGUCGUCGCUGUCGCCGCAUCUACAUCCGAACCUCUACAGCGGAAACCACAGCUUUUCGGGCAACGGUGGGAACCCGUCGUCGUCGUCUAAUGGCGACGGAGCUGAUCCGGAACUCUCGACACCGGACUCUGGCCGAUCCAGUCUCAGCCACAACGGGAGCAAUGGGGGAGAGCACGGUGGCCUCGGUGGUGGUACUAGCCUCGUCGGCGGAUUAAUGAGUUCUUCGCUCCUGUCCAGCCUUAGUCCAUCUCCUUCAGCUGGACUAUGGUCAUCAUCGACGUCUAGCAGUUGUAGCAGUAGUGCCGAAUCGGGAUAUCACCCAUUAUCUCCGCAUUCGCCUCCAAGUCCGAGCCAACAGCGGCGGCCUAUAACGGGCUCUCAUCAUCUCAGUCCGACUUUGACGCCAGCGUCGACGUCGUCGGUGCCCCGAUCCGGUCCCAGCUCCCCAUCCAACUUUCUACUACCGGGAGUCAUCAAUGCCAACAAAUCGCCGGCCUCGUCGACUUUCUCUUCGCCGUGGUCGAGCGGAAGUGGUGGACCGCCUAGUCCGACCAACUGCUCUUCUCACUUGAGCCCAUCAUCUUCCGGACUGUGGAAUCGCGGCCGUUCGGCACCAAACUUGGCCGGCGGAGGUGUUGGCGGCGGCGGCGGUGGUGGUGGUGUUGGUGUCAGUGGUAGUUGUGGUGGAGUUCCGAACAAUCCGUUCGGUCAUGGACUGAAUUCGGCUUUCGCCCCAUUUUCCCAAUCUGCUGGUUCGCCGUGGGCCAGUUUGGGUGUUUCGACUACACCGGUGAGCCGCAAAGGCCUUAAUAAUCACCAUACGUAUGGCAUGGCUGGUUCGAUGACCAAUCCGACCGCUGCUGCAGCCGGUUACAUGGCGAGCGGCCAGGGCGGAUACGGUGGAAGUCGGUUUCGGCGCAGCACUUCGUACCCGGGCAAGAACAACGUCUUCGGUUCCACCCCGUUCCAUAUGGCUCCGCCCACGUUGGAAGUCACCAACAUCGACGAGAACAGCGACUACAUGUAUCAGGACCCCCACGGAUCCAUCACGCCCAGCCCCCUGGAUAACAUGCGCGGCCUGGAGUACUACCUGCACGACAUGAUGCAUAAUACAGCGGGCGACGGACAGGACCAGCAAGCCAAAGCAGGAAAGUAAUAUUCGGCACUAGACGGAACGGAUAUGAACUACGGAGGCGAGGACAACGGUAUGGGACUGACCAUGGGGCUCGGCGGGAUGGCUGGAUUAGAUUGCUUCGGGAUGAAUGGCGGUAACUACUUGCCAUCUUUGUCCAUCCAUUCGCAAUCUCACUGUCUGCCCUCUCCAUCGCGUAUCUCGCCGAGGAGCCCGGUCUCCACCUCCGGAUCCGAAUCUGGAGAGCGCUAUUCGAGAAAAGUCUUUGUUGGAGGUCUUCCUCCCGACAUUGAUGAAGAGGAAAUCAAUGCCAGUUUUCGACGUUUCGGAUCGCUGGUCGUCGACUGGCCACACAAAGCCGAAAGUAAAUCGUACUUCCCUCCCAAAGGCUAUGCGUUCCUCUUGUUUCAGGAAGAGAACUCUGUCCAGCAGUUGAUUGAAUCUUGUAUGCAAGAAGAAGAUAAAUUGUAUCUGUGCGUUUCGUCGCCAACAAUCAAGGAUAAGCCAGUACAAAUACGGCCGUGGAAAUUGUCUGAUGCCGAUUUCGUUCUAGACGCUUCUCUACCACUAGACCCUCGCAAAACAGUCUUUGUUGGCGGCGUACCACGUCCUCUCAAAGCGGUCGAACUAGCUCUGAUUAUGGAUCGACUCUACGGGGGUGUUUGCUAUGCUGGCAUCGACAUCGACCCAGAAUUGAAGUACCCUAAGGGAGCUGGACGUGUAGCGUUCAGUAAUCAGCAAUCGUACAUUGCCGCAAUUAGUGCGAGAUUUGUGCAACUGCAGCACGGAGACAUCGACAAACGGGUUGAAGUUAAACCCUACGUUCUCGACGAUCAAUUCUGCGAUGAAUGCCAAGGUAGUCGCUCGGCUGGGCGCUUUGCUCCUUUCUUCUGCGCCAACGUCACAUGUCUCCAGUACUACUGUGAACACUGCUGGGCCAUGGUUCAUUCUCGCCCUGGCAGAGAGUUUCACAAGCCACUCGUCAAGGAAGGAGCCGAUCGACCCCGAACUGUUCACUUUCGUUGGUGAAGCGUCACUAAAAAUCGAUAGUUUGAAACUCUAUUUCUCCUUACCUCUUUCUCUCUUCUAUCUCCUUUUUUUCUCACUCUUUCUCUCUCUCUUUCUCCCCCCUCCCUUGCACUCUUUCCUUUCUAAUUCCUUACAUCUUAACCAUCGGUAACCAAACACCCAGAUACUGCGCAGGUGUGGGUGGGGUCUGGUUUGUAGAUGCAAUUCAGCGAAGACUUAUUUUCCUCUCUGAAAUCCAAGCAUUUGUCUUGAGGAAGUAGGACAAUUGGUCAUCAUUUAUUCCCAUCAGCUUCAAUGCCGUUUAUUGUUUUCUCAACCUGGAAAGGGAAAGGUUCUUGGACUAGCUGGGGCUUGCAACAAAUUCCGAUAUCUUAGAUUACUACUUCAUUUCCUCAAGUACUUUCUUUAGUCCAAAAGACUUUCUAAACCAAAGAAUUUGUUUUGGGUUGUAGAAUGAAGUAUUAUUUUUGUUUAGGGUUUUUCUUUUUCUUUUUUUUAUGUAGAGAUUAAUCAAAUUCUAUUUUUCUCUCCAACUAGUUAUAAAAACAGAGUUUUCCUUCUCUUUUUCAUAUGGCAAUGGAAGAUGUUGCUUUUGCAAAGUUAAAAUUUAGUUUAUUUCUUCAGCGAAUGUUAAUUUUCGUUAGCCUGGGUAGUCGAUCUAAUUUAAAUGCAACAAAA